ACCAUCCACCUAGAGCAUGACAACAUUGAUAAGUAAAAAAAAACGGUUGGCCCACACUGAUGUUAACUCAAAACGUUGAGCGUUGACUAAUUGCCUGAUAAAAUACGGAAAAAUUUUAUUCCGAGCGUGUGCGUGUAGGUAACUGGGCUGAAUUCUAUUUUCAAGGCGAAGUUUACGUCGGCGCGACCGAGUUACCUCAAGGAAUUCGUAUUGAAAGGCGAGAUGCUUGAUGCGCACGGCAGUUUUGGAGCAAUUUACGCGGAUUACCGCAUGUUUGCAUCUCGCUCGGCUUGCGCGAACGCCGAAUGAUUGAAUGUCGAUGGUAAUGAGUCGGCGGCGGCAUGACUGCCACACGUUGCAUAGAUAAGAAGAUAAUAUAUGCGUGCCUAUAUAUACAUAUAGAUGAAGGUAUUUGAGCGCGUUUGCACUUCGUAAAGUGGUACCGCGCGCGGAAUUUACCAUUUUGCUCUUUUUCCUCGACGCGUUCCGGUUUUAUCAAGUUAUUGUUUCCCUUUAUUUGAUUAUAAAAUGACGCAUUGAAGUAUUUUUGAUCAAACUUCGCACGAACCUAGUCAUGAUGGAAGCAGGUACCAAGAAAGAUUCGCAGAACGCGUUUCAUAACGCGGCAUUUGACUACGACUCCAUCGAGCUGGCAACAAACAAAGAAAACGGCCAUUCAAAUGGUACCUCGGCAGCUGCGGUUGUGGAAAACGGUGCCACACAAGAACAACCAGACCGAGGUCAAUGGGGCAGUGGAAUCGAGUUCCUGAUGUCCUGUAUUGCUAUGUCCGUGGGUCUGGGUAAUAUCUGGCGGUUUCCCUUCACAGCCUACGAAAACGGCGGCGGCGCAUUCUUAAUUCCCUACAUCAUUAUGUUGCUCUUAAUUGGGCGACCUGUGUACUAUCUGGAGAUGUGUUUAGGACAAUUUACGAGUCGCGCGAAUGUGAAAACAUUUGAGGCGUUGGCGCCAUGCCUCAAAGGUAUUGGUUAUGGCCAGACCAUCGGGUCCAUCUGCGUGGCCACGUACUACUGCUCCCUGAUGGCGAUUACCUUAUUCUAUUUCCUGAAUUCGUUCACUAGUAAUCUUCCCUGGGCCACCUGCCGUGAUGAAUGGAUUGAGGAUGGCGUCCAGUGCAUUCCAUCCAAGGAUAUUGUCAACAUCUCCGAAUUGGCGGGAGAGGCGAUGAGUUCCAGCGAGUUGUACUUCAAGAAGGAAGUGCUGCAGGAGUACACCGACAUCACCCACGGUAUAGGCGCUCCAGAAUGGCGCCUGACACUGUGCCUACUAGCUUCAUGGGUGCCCACCUUCGCCGUGUCCAUGAACGGCGUCCAGAGUUCCGGGAAAGCAUCAUAUUUUCUCGCGCUUUUCCCCUACGUGAUUAUGAUAGCAUUGCUGGUGCGGUCCGUGACAUUGGAGGGUGCAGGUGAAGGAAUUCUGUACUUUAUCAAACCGGAAUGGUCAAAAUUGACCGAGGCCAAGGUGUGGUAUUCUGCAGUCACGCAAUGCUUCUUUUCUUUAAACAUUGGCUUUGGCAGUUUGGUAAUGUACGCCUCUUACAACGAUUUUCACCAUAAUCUUUACAGGGAUGCGUUAGUAGUGUCGUUCAUGGAUACCUUCACAUCGGUACUGGCAGGGACAACUAUUUUUGGGAUUCUGGGUAAUCUGGCGUACAAACAGAAUGUCAAAGUGAGUGCCGUGAUCAAUGCGGGUGGUACUGGUCUGGCAUUCAUAUCCUACCCGGAAGCCAUCGCGAAAUUUGACUCAGUUCCAUGGCUAUUUGCAUUGUUGUUCUUUGCAAUGCUUUUCAUCCUUGGAGUAGGCAGUCUGAUUGCAUUACAGGGCAGCGCGUUCACUGUCAUUAUGGACCAUUUCCCGCACUGGAAGAAAUGGUACGUCUCUCUUGGAUGCGCUGUGUCUGGUUUCUUGAUAGGUUUGAUAUAUUGCACUCCUGGUGGGCAAUUUAUGGUGACCCUUAUUGACUACUUUAGCGGAAGUUUUAUGUUCUUUAUCCUAGCUACGUUUGAAAUCCUCGCGUUAUUUUGGUGGUACGGCCUGGAAAACUUUUGCGACGACAUUGAAUUCAUGCUAAAGCGGCGUGUCGGCUGGUACUGGCGGUUAACAUGGGGCUUCAUCUCUCCUGUGGUCCUCAUAGCGAUUUUUAUCUAUUUCAUGGCCACCAUCGAACGCCUGAAACACGAAGGAAAACAUUACCCGGAUCUUGUCCUAGGAUUCGGAUGGGGCAUUCUGGGUUUUGCAAUGCUGCAAAUCGUUUUCUGGUGGGGGUACUACCUACUUCACAAACGCCGGUUGGGUUGUUACAAAGCCGUGAAGAAAUCAUUAUCGCACGCGAAAUGGGGCCCCCGGAAUCCCGAAAAGUUCAAAGAAUGGGUUGAGCACAAGCGCGCGCUGCAGGAGCGCCGUGCUAAAGUGCAGGUGUCGACUGCAAAACGCCUCUUCUACAUCCUCAUCGCUAAGGAAUACUACUAGAUGGUCCUUUUUGACAAUUAUCUGCCGAAAUUUUGCUAUAUUGUUCCGCUGUUCA